GACGCGGGGAUGGCGGCUGCGGCGGUGGCGGCCCCCGAGGUCCUCCGGGAGUGUGGCUGCAAGGGCAUCCGGACCUGCCUGAUUUGCGAGCGGCAGGGCGAGAGUGACCCGCCCUGGAGGCACACUCCUCAGAAAACCCACCGUUUCAUUUACUUCUCUGAUACCGGCUGGGCAGUGGGGGCCGAGGAGUCUGACUUUGAAGGCUGGGCCUUCCCCUUCCCGGGGGUGACCCUGAUCGAGGACUUUGUGACCCGGGAGGAAGAAGCUGACAUGGUGCAGCUGAUGGACCAGGAACCCUGGAAGCUCUCACAGUCUGGUCGGAGGAAGCAGGACUACGGCCCCAAAGUCAACUUUCGGAAACAGAAGCUCAAGACCGCCGGCUUCAGUGGCCUCCCCAGCUUCAGCCGGGAGCUGGUGCGGAGAAUGGGCCUCUACCCGGUCCUCGCGGACUUCCAGCCCGUGGAGCAGUGCAACCUGGACUACUGCCCUGAGCGGGGCGCGGCCAUCGACCCCCACCUGGAUGACACUUGGCUGUGGGGGGAGCGGCUGGUGAGCCUCAACCUGCUGUCCCCCACCGUGCUGACCCUGUCCCGGGAGACGCCGGGCAGUCUGCUGCUGUGCCUCGCCCCGUCCGGCCUCCUGGCGCCCUUGGUGGAAGGUAUGAUGGCGCCCAGCAGGUCCGUACUGUGCCAGGAGGUGGAGGUGGCCGUGGCCCUGCCCCGCCGCUCUCUGCUGGUGCUCAGCGGGGCCGCGCGGCACCAGUGGCAGCAUGCCAUCCACCGCAGGGACAUCGGGGCCCGCCGCGUGUGUGCCACCUUCAGGGAGCUGUCGGCCGAGUUCGGUCCUGGUGGGAGGCAGCACGAGGUGGGGCGGGAGCUCCUGCGGCUCUCUCUCUCCUUUCAGGGGAGACCCAUGUGAGCUGUUCCCUGGGGACAGGGGUGGCGCUGGGCCUGGCCAGAGCUGCCAGCUCCGGCUGACCAUUCGCCAGAACUGAAGGGGGAGCUCGGUGCCAGAGCCUCUUCUCCCAGCUCAGGAGGUUUCAGAGAACAGAGCUCGGCACCCCGCACCCCGGCAGCCCAAGCCCGCUGGGGAGUCAGCAUUGAUGGACGGCCUCAGAGCCGUGCCCUAGACCUGCCCCCGGCCGCUGUCUGGGCUGUCACACGGAGGACAGUGGGUCGUUUGAGUUUAAAAGUUUGCUGUUAUUUAAAACCAUCUUCUGCUCUGUCCAGCACGCCUAGUGAGGUUCCCUGUACCCGACCUGUGGACUCAUUGAGUAUCAUGAAGCCUGCAGAAGGGAACCGAUAGAUUUGAAGCGGCUACUGUUCCAGACUGCAGAGCUGGUGCCCUUGGGCUCACCUGGGUCCCUGACUCCGUGGGGUGGGGAUACUGUGAGGACAGGAAAAUCUGCCAGCGUGGCGCCCCUC